AUGAACCCGUUCCAGUUGGCUCCCCUGAACUAUUUCAACCUUAGAGCUGUGAGCGGCUCCACGUCGCACAGCCUCCGUAAUGGGGUAACUGGUUUCCAUCCAGAACCAACAGUGACCGUGGCUCGUGAACGCAGGGCGCACAGAAAAAGUUCCGGCGCGCACCGGAUCGGACGCGCAAGAGGACGAUCCAUUCCAUCCCACGAAGCGGAUUCUGUUUUUUUCUCAGCUAUAAAGAUGCUUCUGCCUUUGCUUUUCUUUCUGUGUGCUUUGGACCGCAGUCGCUCCGCGGGCCCGGGACGGGAGGACUUUUUCACAAACCACUGGGCCGUGCGCAUCGCAGGUGGUCCGCGGCAAGCCGAUGAGAUCGCCGCAAAGUAUGGAUACAGAAACCUGGGACAGAUCGGAAGCUUGGAGGAUCAUUAUCAUUUCCACCACAGCAGGGUGGUUCGAAGAGCCGUGUACUCCUUGAAGGGCCCCCACAGCUUCAUUAACAUGGAUCCCAUGGUAGACUGGGCUGAGCAGCAGGUAGUAAAACCGAGAGUGAAAAGAAAUGCUCAAACUGAACCAAACCUCCUUUACUUCAAUGACCCAAAGUGGUCCAACAUGUGGUAUAUUCAUUGCAAUGAUGAGAACAAGCCCUGCCGCUCAGAGAUGAACGUCCUGGCCGCCUGGAAAAGGGGUUACACAGGCAAAAAUGUGGUGGACCAUCUCGCGAGUUAUGAUGUGAAUGGGAACGACCAUGACCCCAUGCCCCGAUACGACUCCCGCAGUGAAAACAUACAUGGAACUCGGUGUGCAGGUGAAGUGGCGGCGGCGGCCAACAACUCCCACUGCGUCGUUGGAAUCGCCUACAACGCUCACAUCGGAGGGAUUCGGAUGCUGGACGGGGAUGUGACCGACAUAGUGGAGGCCAAAUCCUUAGGAAUUCGACCCGACUACAUUCACAUCUACAGUGCCAGCUGGGGGCCGAAAGACGACGGCAAGACCGUAGACGGGCCGGGGCCCCUCACCAAGCAGGCCUUUGAGCAGGGCAUUAGGAAGGGCCGCAGAGGCCUGGGCUCCAUUUUUGUCUGGGCGGCGGGUAAUGGAGGCCGGCAGGGCGACCACUGCUCCUGCGACGGUUACACCAGCAGCAUCUACACCAUCUCUGUAUCCAGCACCACGGAAAACGGAAACAAGCCCUGGUAUCUGGAAGUCUGCAGCUCCAUCAUGGCCACCACCUACAGCAGUGGAGAGUUUCAGGAAAGGAAGAUCUCUUUUACUCACUUGGAGGGAUGUGCAGCAUCUCCUGGUGAAGACAUCCAGGCCCGUCCACCUGAAGGCAGACGACUGGAAGACCAACGCCGCUGGACACAGAGGCACCCUUUAGUCCAUUUUUCUGAUGCCGACACAUUACAAACGUUAUGCCUUAAAGUGAAGAAGAUGGGGUUUGUGUGUUUUAUUGUGUAUGCUUUUGUCACAGUCAGCCACCUGUAUGGUUUCGGCCUGGUGGACGCGGAAGCCAUGGUGCUGGAGGCCACCAAAUGGAGGACGGUUCCUCCCCAGCACGUUUGCAGUGACACGCCCGAGCGCCGUACCAGGCAUAUACAUCCUGGCCAGAGGCUAAACAGCAGCAUCACCACAUCUGGAUGCUCCGAGGAACCCGAACAACACGUGGACUACCUCGAGCACGUUGUGGUUAAGGUGUUUAUCGCUCACCCACGACGAGGAGAUCUGGAGAUAAACCUCGUCUCCCCAUCGGGGACGAGAUCACAGCUACUGGCCAAAAGGUUGUUUGACAAUUCCAAAGAGGGCUUCAGAAACUGGGAGUUCAUGACGGUUCAUUUUUGGGGCGAGAGGGCCGAGGGCACAUGGACUCUGGAGGUUACCGACUCACCCACGAAGCAGCGUAACCCUGAUCUGCUGGGGAACCUGAAGGAAUGGACUCUGACCCUUUAUGGGACAUCGGACAGCCCUGACAAGCAUCCCAGUUCUCAGCACGUCCAGUCAAAGGUGCUGGAAACUAAUGCUUCAGAGGAGAGCCUGGAGAAGCCAGAUCUGCAGGAGGAGGUGGAAGGAGAGGAGUACAACGGGCCGUGCCACAGUGAAUGCGGGGACCAGGGCUGUGACGGACCAGAUGCCGAACACUGUCUCAACUGCAUCCACUUCACUUUGGGCAGCUUGAAAAGUGGUCGAACCUGUGUGAGCCACUGCCCGUUGGGCUACUACGGGAACAUAUCCUCCCGCCGCUGUAGACGCUGCCCCAAAGGUUGUGAGAGAUGCGUCGGCCAAUCAGCUGCAGGCUGCCUAUCGUGCAGAAGAGGCCUUUACCUUAACGCCCUCAACUCCAGCUGCACGGACACAUGCCCCUCUGGUUCAUUUGCAGAAGAGCAUCAGAGACAGUGCGUGAAGUGCCAUGCCAGCUGUGCGACGUGUUUGAAAUACGCAGACAGAUGCACGACCUGCAGAGAGGGCUUCAGCCUGGCGGGUAUGACGUGUGUUCCCGACUGCACGAACGGAACCUUUUUCAACCUGGAGGAGAUGACCUGCAGCCCCUGCCAUUCCUCCUGUAAUACCUGUACAGGGCCAGGUAAGGAGGAGUGUAUUCAGUGUGUGGAUGGCUACCUGCAACAGGAAUGGAGAUGCGUGCAGGCCUGUGCCCCUGGAUACUAUUCCGGAAAGACGGACGGGCUUCCUCACAAGAUUUGUCGCAGGUGUGAGGACAACUGCCUGAGCUGCACUGGUCCGGGGACAACAUGCACCAAAUGUAAAGCCGGCUACAGUCUGAUCAGCCGGACCUGCAUGGUCAACGCAUCCUGUAAUAACGCUGAUGAGGUGUUUUGUGAGAUGGUGAAGUCCAACCGUCUCUGCGAGAGGAAGUUCUACCGUCAGUUCUGCUGCCGUACCUGUCUGAUGAACGGAUAAGGAGCCAGGGUUCUCUCUCACUCUAAAGCGGCAAGAGAGAAAACCAGGGGUCAAAUAUCAUGACUUGGACAAGGCUAACGGUCAUUUGGAAAGACUUUGCUGAGUUGUUCAUCAUAACAAGAUAUUAAAAUGCAAAUAGUGGACCUAAUUGCUGGGAUGCGGGGUGAGAUGUUGUUGGGAUGUUGCUGCAAUUGUACUCGGUUCAGAAUUAAGAGUUAUUUUACGCCUGUUUUGUUCAAUAUUUUUUAUUCUAUGAAUAUUUCAGUUUAGUUCAAAUAAUAAACUGAUCAACCAUUUAGAUCGCU